AUGUAUGUGCUGAAGAAUCCAAACUCUCAUUUUGAGGACUAUCUCUUCAAAUUCCUGAUCAUUGGAAGUGCAGGCUGUGGGAAAUCCUGUCUUCUCCAUCAAUUCAUUGAAAACAAAUUCAAGCAAGACAGCAGCCACACAAUUGGAGUUGAAUUUGGAUCCAAAAUAGUGAAUGUAGGUGGAAAAGCAGUGAAACUGCAGAUUUGGGAUACUGCUGGGCAAGAAAGGUUCAGGGCUGUGACAAGAAGCUACUACCGUGGAGCAGCUGGAGCCCUCCUAGUCUAUGACUUAUCAAGCAGAGAAACCUAUACAGAGCUCAGCAAUUGGCUGACUGAUGCUCGCCAAUUGGCCAGUCCUGACAUUGUGAUUUUGCUUGUUGGGAACAAGAAAGACCUAGAAGCUGAUAGGGAAGUCACUUUCUUGGAGGCCAGCUGCUUUGCUCAGGAAAAUGAUUUGAUGUUCCUGGAAACAAGUGCUCUAACAGGUGACAAUGUUGAAGAAGCCUUCCUCAAGUGUUCCAAGAGUAUCCUAGCCAAAAUUGCUGCUGGGGAGCUGGAUCCAGAACGAAUUGGGUCUGGGAUUCAGUAUGGUGAUGCAACCCUAAAGAGGUUGAGGCAGCAGAAUAACCAAAGAAAGCAGCCUGACUGCAUGUGCAAAAUGUGACCUCUCUUCACUUCCCUUAUUUGUCUUGUCUUUUAUCAUUUUUUUUGUUCCUGUCAUUCCUGUGUUCAUUCUCUUGAAAAUCCAUGCCAUUGUGAUAAUGCCCCAGGCAGAGACUGUUAAGAUCCCCCGUAACUGAAAAGUCAGAUGAUCCAAAGGAGUUUGUAGUCAAACCUCUCUCCUGUGAUUCCUAUUCAAGGUCUGCAUGAUUUGAUAAUUUAUUGAUUUGGUGCAAGAGCAGAAGGUUGUCUGUCAUAUAUAGAGCCUUCAUGAUGUGAAUAUUUGCUAGAGGCAUCACACAAAACUGCUUCAUGAUAUUUAGAUGUUAGGCUUUGUGGAUGACAAACCUUAAUUAUUCUAUUCCAGCUGCAUAUGAUCAGAUACAGAAUGCUAUGAGUAUUUUUGAGAUAUGAGAAUAUUGAAUUUCCAAAGAAGUCUAGUUUUUCUUUGGGUCAUGGCAUGAGGCUGUGAGUUUUGCUUAAACUCUUCUUACAAGUUCAUAUGAGUCCAUACAAGUUUCAUUAUUUCAAAAUGUAAGUUUUAUCAAGGAUCUGUGUUGGUAUACUGCCAUUCAGUAUUUUUGUCAGUAGGCAGAAACAACUGCUUGGCAUAAUUCGUGUAUGCCUAGGUUUAACUAAUUACCUUGAUUGUUCAGUUGAAUAGUAGGAAGGUACUGCUGCACUAAUUGAGGGGUCACAGAAAGGAGAGGCUGGGCCACAAGAGGAAAGCCUUACUCUUGACUUAGUUGCAGAUGCAGAUUGAACCGUGACACUAUGGAAGAAACAUGAUUACUUCCAUGCUGAUAACCUCGCAUUGCCCAGCCUCCGUUCUUUACUUUACAGUAACUGAUAGAACCUGUUGUGUCUUGGGGUCCUCCUUCCUUCAAUCCUAUGUGCCCCUUUUUCAGUAUCAUUUAUUCCCUAUUUAGUCAAGAUUGAGGGUAGAUUAUUUUAUGGGUGGUUGUGAUUUAUUGAUAUCAGAUCAGAUGCUACUUUUUUUUUAAGUUCAAAUUCAAAUUAUGAAUGCUCCCUGCGUUUCAAUUAAAAAUAAAAUAUUUUUUACGAA